CUUUCUGUCUUCUCUCUCUCCGUAAUGGCGGCGGUCGCGACCUUCCUCUCUCUCUCCGCCCUCCGACCAUCCUCAACUCUCCAACUUCGCGAUCUUCCUCGUAGCCCUAACUCAUCGUUUCGAAGAAGAAUACUCCUUAAAUCUUCGCAACGGGAUGAAUCUCCCGCCGUCGCCGGUUCUUCAAAAAGUCCCUCUCGUCCACCGGCGAAACAGAAAAAUCUAGUGGAAUCUCCCGAACCGGAUCCUGAUCGUAAACCGGAACAUGGGAUUGGUAAUAUUGGAAUGGAGAUCAUGUCGAUUGCAUUACCGGCGGCUUUAGCGUUGGCCGCUGAUCCUAUAACAUCACUUGUCGACACAGCUUUUGUCGGGCAUAUUGGUUCUGCAGAGUUAGCUGCAGUAGGAGUCUCGGUUUCUGUAUUCAACUUGGUGUCUAAGCUCUUCAAUGUUCCUUUGCUUAAUGUCACUACAUCGUUUGUCGCGGAAGAGCAGGCCAUUGCAGCUAAGGAUGAUAACGAUUUUACAGAAACAAGAAAGAAAGUGUUGCCUUCUGUUUCAACGUCAUUGGUUCUUGCAGCUGGUGUUGGUAUCGCUGAGGCGAUUGCUCUCUCUCUCGGAUCUGAUUACUUGAUGGAUAUCAUGGCUAUACCUUUUGAUUCACCGAUGAGAAUACCAGCAGAGCAGUUCUUAAGACUUAGGGCGUAUGGUGCACCUCCAAUUGUAGUUGCAUUGGCUGCGCAAGGAGCUUUCCGAGGUUUCAAGGACACUACAACACCUCUAUAUGCCGUUGUUGCUGGGAACGUGCUUAAUGCGAUAUUGGAUCCUAUUCUGAUAUUUGUUCUUGGUUUUGGUAUCUCUGGUGCUGCGGCUGCUACUGUGAUUUCUGAAUACUUGAUUGCGUUUAUUCUUCUGUGGAAGUUGAAUGAGAAUGUGGUUUUGCUUUCUCCUCAAAUCCAAGUGGGAAGAGCCAACCAGUACCUCAAAUCAGGUGGGCUUCUGAUUGGUAGAACGGUGGCACUGCUUGUGCCAUUCACGUUGGCUACUUCGUUAGCGGCUCAAAAGGGACCUACUCAAAUGGCUGGUCAUCAAAUCUGCUUGGAGAUCUGGUUGGCUGUCUCUUUACUCACCGAUGCUUUAGCCAUUGCUGCACAGAGUCUUCUUGCAACCAGCUUCUCUCAAGGAGAGUACAAACAAGCUCGGGAAGUUCUUUUCGGAGUCCUUCAAGUAGGUUUAGCAACUGGAACUGGUUUGGCUGCUGUUUUAUUCAUCGGAUUCGAACCAUUUUCGAGCUUAUUUACAACAGAUUCAGAAGUUCUGACGAUUGCUUUGUCAGGGACCUUAUUUGUGGCUGGAUCUCAACCGGUGAAUGCUAUAGCGUUUGUUCUUGAUGGGCUUUAUUAUGGAGUCUCUGACUUUGGAUUUGCUGCUUACUCUAUGGUGAUUGUCGGAUUCAUAUCUUCCUUGGUCAUGCUUGUGGCUGCACCAACAUAUGGCCUCGCCGGGAUUUGGACGGGUUUGUUCCUCUUCAUGGCGUUGCGGUUAGUCGCCGGAGCCUGGAGAUUGGGGACAAGAACCGGUCCAUGGAAAAUGCUGUGGUCAGCUCAAGAGACGCCAGAAUGAGUGCGCGUGUGUAACAUUUUUGGGGUAUGAAAUAAAGUGAACUUGACAAUGUAAAAGCUAUAGUUUUACAGUAUAAUUGAUAUGGAUCGAAUCCACGUCCUUGGUAAUAACUGGAUUCAUUGUACAUUAAUCCGUUAUCCAAUUUGAUUCGAUCAAAAGUGUUAUAUUCCUCUGGUUUUACUGCUGAGUAAACCAACGACUUCAUUAUCUCGUUAC